AAAAUAAUCAACUUUAAAUUGAAUCGACUGGAGGGUUUUGUAUUUCCUUUCGUACGGUUCAACUGAUUCAGUCUAAAUUCCAUUGAGCACGCGUUCGCAGAAGCGAGAAUGUACGAUUUUUUCAGCGAUUUCGAAAGUUUCACGGAAAGUUGGUGGCCCUAUUUGAUAUCGGUGUUCAUCACUGUUAUCAGCGCUACAAGAUUCUACUUCGGUGGUACAUACUGCCCUUCAUCGGCUAGAAUCGACGGGAAGACUGUAAUAAUCACGGGAGGAGCAAGAGGAAUAGGUUUAGCGACAGCCAAACAAUUAACAAACAGAGGAGCUAACGUAAUAUUAGCGGUAAGGAACGUGGAGAAAGGCCUGAAGGCGCUGAACGAAAUCAGAGAAACCAAUAAAACAGCGUCCGUGCAAAUCAAAUUAGUAGAUAUAUCCGAUCUGGCGAGCAUCAGGAACUUCGCCGAAGGGAUUAAAAACGAGCACGAUAAAAUCGACGUGUUGAUCAACAACGCCGGAAUAAUCGGAUCGAAAGCGCAAGACGAAUACGAACCGGUCUUCACCACCAAUUAUUUAGGUCCGUUUCUCUUGACGCAUUUGAUGCUUCCCUUGCUCGCCAAAUCCGACAAUGGAAGGGUCAUAAACGUGUCCGCUUUGGCGCAUUACAACGGGAAAUUGGACCUCGAGGGAAACUUCGGAAAGAGUUCGACGCCGCAGGAAGCAUUCGCCAAGAGUAAAUUGGCUCUGACUGUGUUCACCAAGUACAUAGCCCAGUUGCACAAGAGCACCAACAUCACUUUCAACUCGGUGAGUCCCGGUUUGGUGAGGAACACCGGCCAUUGGGAGACUUUUUCGAGUUUAAACAGCUCGUUUUUGACCAAACUCUCCGUGUGGCCGUGGGUUUGGUUGUUUAUGAAAACUCCCAAGCAAGGUUGCCAGUCUAUCGUGUAUCUUACAGUGGAGCCUUCGUUGCAUAAGGUCACCGGGUGCUAUUUUAGUGACUGCGAAAUAAAAGAACCAGCUGAGAUCGUCAACGAUUUUAAUGUAGCCAGAUGUUUGUAUGAAAAAACGUGUAAAAUCGUUGCACUUGAUUCUGAAGACAUCAAAAAUUAAUUUUUACCGUUUUUAAGCAUGUACGCUUUUUUGUACACUACGA